CCUGUGUUAUUCCUUCUUCCUAAUUUUUCCUUGCAUAUUCUUCGACCACACGAACAAGAUCACCAGCAAGCUCCACCAUGUGUCCAUCUCUUUUUUUAACAAGUGUCCAAAAAACAGUUCUUAAUGAACUUUUCUGUCUGAUCUAUUUUUGUUUUUUUUACACUCUCCCAGUCUCUCUCUCUCUCUCUCUCUCUCUCUCUCUAUCAGUCCAUUAUUUUCUAGGAUUUUCACAAAAGAAGCGCCGACGAAUUUGGAUCCAAAACUCUACUCUCCAUCUUUAUAAUUAUCACAUCAUCACCAGCACAGAAUAUUAAGAAAAGGGGUUAAAGUUUGGGAUAGAAAAGCGAUGGAUAGGCUCAAGGCUCCUGCUCGCCUCAUGAUAGUUUCGGAUCUUGAUCACACAAUGGUUGAUCAUCAUGAUCCCGAGAACAUGUCUCUUCUUAGGUUCAAUGCCUUAUGGGAGGCCUGUUAUCGUAAUGAUUCUCUGCUAGUUUUCUCCACUGGAAGAUCACCUACGCUUUAUAAGCAGUUGAGAAAAGAGAAACCCAUGUUAACACCUGAUAUAACCAUAAUGUCUGUGGGAACUGAGAUCACGUAUGGCACCUCCAUGGUGCCUGAUGAUGGUUGGGUUGAAGUUUUGAAUCAGAAAUGGGACAGGAACCUAGUCACUGAGGAAACAAGCAAGUUUCCUGAACUUACUCUUCAGUCAGAAACAGAGCAACGGCCUCACAAGGUCAGCUUUUAUGUUGAUAAAGCCAAUGCUCAGAAUGUGACGAAGGCGCUAUCAGAGAUAUUUGCAAAACGUGGGUUGGAUGUCAAGAUAAUUUAUAGUGGUGGAAUGGACCUGGAUAUACUACCCCAAGGUGCUGGCAAAGGGCAAGCUCUGGCGUAUUUACAUAAGAAGUUUAAGACUGAAGGAAAACUACCUGCCAAUACUCUUGUUUGUGGUGAUUCUGGAAAUGAUGCCGAGCUGUUCAGCAUUCCAGAUGUACAUGGAGUGAUGGUUAGUAAUGCACAAGAAGAGUUGUUGCAGUGGCAUGCUGAAAAUGCUGAAGGCAAUGCUAAAAUAAUUCAUGCAACCGAGCGGUGUGCAGCUGGGAUCAUACAAGCUAUUGGUCAUUUUAAACUUGGUCCCAAUACUUCUCCAAGAGAUAUAACCAACCUUUCAGACUUUGAGUCGGAAAACAUCAGUGCCAGUAGUGAAAUAGUGAGAUUUUUCAUGUUCUAUGAAAGAUGGAGGCGUGCAGAGGUUGGAGACUCGGAGCUAUAUUUGGCAAGCAUGAAAGCUGAUUGUGAUUCAUCUGGUAUUCUUAUCCACCCAUCUGGUGCUGAGCUUUCUCUUUGUGAUGCUUUAAAUGGAAUGAGGAGCUACUAUGGUGACAAACAGGGCCAAAAAUUUCGAGUUUGGGUGGAUCGGGUGCUAUCCAUACAGACUGGUUUGGACAAGUGGCUAGUAAAGUUCAAUAAGUGGGAAUUAUCAGGGGAUGAGCAGCAAGGUUGUGUGAUCACUUGUAUAAUAAAUAUAAAGAAGGACGGUGUUUCUGGGGCAACUUACAUGCAUGUGCAUGAAACUUGGCUGGAAGGAUCAGGAGCUAAAGAUCAAUCAACCUGGCUGUUCUAGAUUGUGUUUACAGCGCAAGGCUCAGAUGCAGACAGCUCAUAACCGUCUUCGAACACAAUAAAAAUAAUCAAAUGAUGAUUUUCAGCUUUGUAAUUUGAUCAUUGUUGUAUGAACAUCAACUUCAUGGUGAUCGGCUAUUACAUGAUAAAUGAAUAUGAUUAAUCUA